AUGCAGCCUGCCCCAGCUCUCCUGACCUCUUUCCUGCUGCUACCCCUGCUGAUCCCAGGAAAGUCUCAGCUGGUGGGGAGUACAGCACCCCGGGCGGCCGAGAGUGGCACACUCCGCUGCGUGGUCGACCUGCCCAGCAACUCCACCCUCGCGCAGCAUCUGGAGCGGCUGCAAAGGGCCGUGCAGGAGCUCGCUGGCAAGUACGAGCAGGCGGUGUCCAGGGCCAGGGACUAUGCACUCAGCAUUGAAGAUCAAGAAAACCAGGCCUUGGAAGUGAACCAAAGGCUGGAGUCCAGGAACCCCAGGACCACUGCAUCUCUUUAUGAGAACCCAGCCUUCAACCUGCUGUACCUGGAGCUGGAAGCAGUGCAGGAGCUGGCAGCCCAGCUUAAGACCAAGGGAGGCCUUAGUGGGACCGCAGACCUCCUCCACCAACUCCAGGGCCAGGUGACGAACGCCAGCCUCGCCCUGAAGCUUCUGGCUGAGUCUGACCUCCGCAGCUCCCGUGCUCUCCAGCAGGAGGUGGAGGUCCUGGACGGCCGCCUGAGCGAGUGUGAGUUGGAGAAGGAGCGGGAACAGGCCUCCAGAUACCCUCGCCCGCCCCUUGCCCCUGGUUCUUGUGCCCAUGGAGGACUGCAGAAAGUCAGCAGACCCCUCGUGCUGAAGCUCAACUGGAGAGGCUUCUCACACAAGGCUGGCGCUUGGGGCCGAGACUCAGCGCCCAACCCGCCCUCUUCCCUUUACUGGGUGGCCCCUCUGCGUGCAGAUGGCAGGUACUUUGACCUUUAUCAGCUGCACAAGUCCUACAAUGACCUGGUGCUGCUGAAGCACUAUGAGCAGUGGAAGAUGGGCUACGGCGACGGCAGCGGCAACACCGUGUACCAGAACUUCAUGUACUUUAAUUACUACGGCACAAAUGACAUGGCCAAGGUGGACCUUUCCUCCAACACGCUAGUGCUGCGGCGCCCCCUACCGGGCGCCACCUACAACAACCGCUUCUCCUACGCUGGCGUGCCCUGGACCGACUUGGAUUUUGCUGGUGAUGAGAAGGGGCUGUGGGUGCUCUAUGCCACUGAGGAGAGUAAGGGCAACCUGGUGGUGAGUCGUCUCAACGACAGCACCUUAGAAGUCGAGCAAACCUGGCUUACCAGUCAGUAUAAGCCAGCCCUGUCCGGGGCUUUCAUGGCCUGUGGGGUGCUCUAUGCCUUACGCUCACUGAGCACACGCCAGGAGGAGAUCUUCUAUGCUUUCGACACCUCCACUGGGCAAGAACGCCGCCUCAGCAUCCUGCUGGACAAGAUGCUGGAAACGCUGCAUGGUAUCAAUUACUGCCCCUGGGACCACAAACUUUAUGUCUACAAUGAUGGUUUCCUGAUGACUUACGACCUCACCUUCCUGAUGCUGCCAAGACCUCCCGUUAAAAAGCCCUCUGGGGUUCAGGCUCCACUUGAACCUAUCAUGCCCAAUAAGCCCUCUAGGACCUGA